UCGAAGGUGUUGAAAUAUAGUUAUAGUUGUUUAGGGUUUGUGUUUGUGAUUGCCGCCUCUUGUUUCAAUUGCGCCAAGUAUAUUGGAUUGAAUUGGAUCAUCCUCACAUUCACAUUGCUAUUCACAUCCUUCAAUUUUUUCUUCUGCGGCGUUGCUUUAAUCGCCUUCAACUCCACCACCCAUCUAGCAUAUUCGUCUGCUUUUCAGGUGGUGACGCGUUUGAAACUUGCCGCUCCUGUACUGAAAAGUAAAAGAUGAAUUUCAGCGCAAGAUAUAUAGCACCUAGUGCAUUGUCCCCACAUUAAGGCCAAAUGAUUCCUUGCUCGAGGGGGCGUGUUCGGGAUAUAAAAUGAAUCUCAUUCCUUCCUUAACAGCUUUAGCUUAAUUAUGUUUGUUACAACCCUCAAAAUCUUACUAGGUUACCAGUGAUCUCCUCAGAUUUGUAUCUACACAUUAGUACGUCUACAACCUUUCUUCACCUUCUCCAAAUCUUCUCGAGUCUUUCAUACCUCUAUCGCCGUCGUCAUCAUCAAAUUCCAUCUGCUUCAGCCUUCGUGCUCGAAUGGACAAAUUUUUUAUGCUUGGACACAUUGGGAGGGCUGCCGAAUCUAUUCUUAGAAUCCAUAAAAGCAGAUAUCUGGGUGUCAGCAGAAAUGCAGGUUUGCUCUCAGUUGCACCCAAUAUCAACCGAUGCAGGACAUAUAUGCAGUAUAAGUUUCCCAAUGAAGGAUGUAGUUCAAUCAUGUGGCGAGGAGCUAGAGAAAACUUUCACAAAGGCUGUUCUUUUUGGAACUUCACUGCAUUCUCAGCAAAAAAUAUUACAGCACAUAAAUCUCGAAUUGCUUGGAAAUUGCUGCGUAAAAUAUAUCCUUCCAAUGGUUAUAGUGGAUCUACCUCUGUACAUAUGAUUGCUCAAGCAGUGAGCCUGGCUUUGGCUCGUUCUUGUUUUCUGGUUCCUAGUAUUUUUGCAUUUGCAUGUGGAGAGCUAGCAUUGGCUCAGCAAAAUCAGUCAGAUGCAGGGAGUUACCCUUCACCAAAUGCUUUGUGUAUGAGUGCACAAGAUGGAUACAGUUACAUGUUUGCAUUUGCAUUUGUUGUGGUAGAAGGCCUGGUCUUGUUAGGGAGAGCUAUAUAUCUAGCAAUAUUAUUCUCUCCAAGCAUAUUGAUGGCACCGCUUGCUGAUUAUUUUGGACCCGAGUUCAGGAAAAUGUGGCUCCGGGUUGUUCAUCGUACACUAGAAAGAGCAGGUCCGGCAUUCAUAAAAUGGGGUCAGUGGGCGGCUACACGGCCUGAUCUAUUUCCUCAAGAUAUAUGUACUAAGCUUGCAGAACUUCAUUCCAAAGCCCCUGAGCAUAGUUUUAGCUACACAAAGAAAACUAUAGAAAGCGCAUUUGGUCGUAAAAUUUCUGAAAUUUUUGAGAAUUUUGAAGAAUUGCCUGUUGCAUCUGGAAGUAUUGCCCAAGUGCAUCGUGCUUCUUUAAAAUAUCGUUACCCUGGUCAGCAAGCAAAGCCCAUGUUAGUUGCAGUGAAGGUCAGACAUCCUGGUGUGGGAGAAUCUAUCAGAAGGGAUUUUGCUAUUAUCAAUUUUGUCGCAAAAUCUUCAAAGUUUAUCCCUGCACUUAAUUGGUUAAGGUUGGACGAAAGUGUUCAGCAGUUUGCAGUUUUCAUGAUGUCUCAAGUUGACCUUGCAAGGGAAGCUGCUCAUUUGAACCGCUUUAUUUACAAUUUCCGUCAAUGGAGGGACGUGUCUUUCCCCAAGCCUGUUUAUCCACUUGUGCAUCCCGCAGUUUUGGUGGAAACAUAUGAAAAUGGAGAAAGUGUCUCGCAUUAUGUUGAUGAACUUCAAGGACAUGAAGGGAUCAAAAGCGCUCUUGCUCAUAUUGGUAGUAAUGCACUUUUGAAGAUGCUUCUGGUGGACAACUUCAUUCAUGCAGACAUGCAUCCUGGAAAUAUUCUUGUUCGAGUGCCUCAGAGCAAGGCUCGCAAACCAUUCUUCAAAUCAAAGCCUCAUGUAAUUUUCCUCGAUGUAGGCAUGACAGCUGAACUCUCUGGUAGCGAUCGGGUAAAUUUAGUGGAGUUUUUCAAAGCUGUUGCCCGCAGAGAUGGUCGGACCGCUGCUGAGUGCACACUCAGGUUGUCAAAGCAACAGAACUGCCCUGAUCCGAAGGCUUAUAUCGAGGAAGUGGAAAAGGCAUUUACCUUUUGGGGAACUCGAGAAGGUGAUGCGGUUCACCCGGCCGAGUGCAUGGAGCAACUACUUGAGAAAGUUAGGCGCCAUAGAGUUAAUAUUGAUGGCAAUGUUUGUACUGUCAUGGUGACCACCUUGGUUUUGGAGGGUUGGCAGCGCAAGCUUGAUCCCGGGUAUAAUGUGAUGGAGACACUGCAGACAUUGCUGCUUAGAGCUGACUGGGCAAAGUCUUUUGCUUACACAAUUCAGAGUCUGAUGGCCCCUUGAGGAGGUUCUUUCUUUAUUGAGGCUACUUAGAAACAAUUUUGAUAUGUACUGAAUAACUGAGGGCAUUUUCCCCUUCUUUUUGUUGUCUCUUAAUGAGAGACUCAUACCCUGUAAUUAUCUUUUGUUAAUUUCCAGCAGUUUUUACCGUGUGCUUGAGCACAGUUUACAAGAAAAUGUUGAUAAAGAGGAUCCAUUAUUUGUGUCCAUUAUACUGUUGUUGCGACACAGGAAAGCUUAAUAAGAAUUUAUCUUCGGGGAUUGUAUGCUCAACUGCUACAUAUACCCUGUUUAACAGUGAA